GCCGUUUCACGCCCCCGCUCCUCGGGGGGGUUUGCUCAGCUGCUGCUGGAGACACAGGCCCGGUCCCUGGCAGCAGCUUUCCCCCACCCGCGCCGCUUCGGUGGGAACCCUGCCCCGUGCCCCGCGGCGCCGUCCGCUGGCCCGGGGUUGGUCCGAGAGCGCUGCGGUGUUACUGCGGAACCGGGCCGGGGGAGCGGGCAGGACCGCUCUGCGAUCUGAGACUUUAGCAUCUCCUCGGGGUGCUUUUCUUUUUCUCCGGUUGGCUCCAGCAAGCAUCAUGAAGUUUCUAAGUCGUCUUACUGUACCUUUUAAUGCCUCCGAAAAAGAAAGGUACCCCCAAGGCCAGGAAGGCAGAGCUGGUAUUCCUUGAGAGGCCGCCAGAGGGACCCGUCCAUUGCUACGAGACUCCCCUACCUUCAGCCAAGAAUCCAAGACGUGUUCCUACAAAACCUGUAGACCAGAACGCCUCUGCUGUCUGGGUGUGCCCACAAUUUGAAACAACUAAGUCGGUGGUGUCGAAAGAAUGCCAGAAGAAACAUCGUGGUCCUCGCAAGCCCCAGAAUCAGGAUGGCAAACACAGUUCCCUUCAUCCAGGAGGAGCUUGCCACAGAGCUGCAGCCUGCAAAUUUCCACCUUUAACUUUUCAGAAUCCAGAAGGACAUGCAGUCCACCCCUCAGACAGUCUGAAUUACUUGAGGAAGAACCCACAGCACUCUCACAGCCUGCCCAAGAAACAGACAGCAACAAAAGCCAACAUCCAGGUGAACAGUCCAGAAAACUGUAAAGAAAUACCUUCUCUACCUGCUCCCCAGCCUGUGGAGCCAGAAUUCUGUAGCUUACCACAUUUAGAGACUGCACAGACGCCUUCCAUGAGGAACUGGGGAUGCAGCAGCACUCUGGCACAAACAAGUAGCCAUGCCUGGCAUCGAGAAGCAGAGCUGGCACAUGGCAUUGGUCCCUGUGGGAGUGGGGAUUCAGCAGCAGUACUGGUGACAGAUACUCCUGAACAUGAGUAUGGAGUAAAGGUUACUUGGAGACGGCGGCCUCACUUAAUGAAAUACCUGCUGGAGAGAGGGAAGCUGAGUGCUGCCAGCAUACUAGUGAGCCCUGAGCUCUCAAGGAGGCAGGCUAAUGUCUAACUUGGCAGGAGUUUUAUUUUUUUUUUUGUGUGUGUGUGCAAAGACAAUGUUACUUUCAAGGAACAUUCAGCUGUGUUACUGUUACCCUUUUAAAUUAGCUGACAAAAAAG